ACGUUACUGAACUUUGAGACUGUCGAGAGUGAAGCAGGAAGUGAAGCCCAGCAUACGGGGAACUGCUGAAUUCUAAACUCGUCUAAACUGGUUUUUCUUCUUCGGACCCAUGGGCAUUUAUGGAUAACAACAAUGGGCUUUCAAGUUUAAACCGGUGAACAUCCACCAAAGUAAAAAUAUGAACGCUAGAGAACGUUUGCAGCGGUUUUUAGGGAGCUUUGGGAGUGCUGAGAAACGGAUUUAAUAAGGUGAAAUGCGAAUAACGUAUACGACCUGAGAAGUGAACUGAAGUCAUCGCUUGAAAGAUUGCUCUGCAUGCAAUGCGAUCUGGAUUUCCACACAGCCAAGGAGGGGCGUAUUCUGCGUUCCAGUGCCGGAGUAAUGUUGAUGUUCUCCCAUCACCUCAGGACAUCAGUACUGCACCUGUACCAGUGGUUCAACCUGAAAAUGGAAUACAAAACAAUAUGGUAGCCACUCAAUAUCCCGGGGAGCUUAGAGUGGCUCACACUCCAGCUAAGUUGCAGCCAGGCUAUGCACAAUCACAACAAAAUUUCCAGGAACUCCACCACCAUCAGGAGUCACAGGCAAACAAAGUAAGCACUGGGUUGCAGCAUCCGUUACCCACAGAUAGUAAAUAUACUUCUUGGAACAGUCACCACCAAAUAAGCAGGGAAGAUAAUGCUGUAUUUCAUACAUCAGUACAUGUCUCUAAACAACGCAGCAGUUACUUUGGGACAUUGGUGAAUGAGAACUCUGUAAGACAAUCUGUUUAUAAUGGCGGAAAACAAAGGGAAUGCCACAGGCAAAAUUUUAGUAGACAUUCCCUGAAAGGGUCAAAUUUGAACAAAAAUCCUGGACUACGGCAAAGACAUUUGAAUUCUGCUUCAUCAGCCAGUACCAUUGCCACUGAAUCUUGUCCACUGCUGACUGCCUUACAGAAAGGAAAUGAUUCAGAUUCCAAAUACUCUACCACAUCGUCUUCUUCAUCAGAGGAAACUAAUGCCAACAGUGAGGUCAUUACUAUUACAAAUCUUUCAGAUGGAAGACACUGCAAAGCUCAGCAAGUCAAAGGUUCAUCGCUAAAGUGUGGAUGGACUAGAACACAAAACCUAGAUAAUUCAGGAGGAACUCCUUCGACCCCCCACCAGCAGCAGGUUAUGUUUCCUUCUCCAAGCAGUCAGUCAUCCACAGAAAAUGUCCAUCCUGUGAGAAAAACAAAACCGCCUACAGAUGACGAUAUACUGGACUUUGUUCAUAAAAGUAUUGCAGAAUAUCAGACUAUUUUAACUCAGAAAAACAGAAAGUACGAACAUUCCAAUAAGGACUCAGACAGGGUCUACUCACCACAGCCUGACAGCAUCAUGCCAAAGGUCGACAGUGUGGCCCAUCUCCCCACAACCUCCGCCCCUGACAAAGAAGAUGUGGAAUGGCAAAGUCUCAACUGUGCUGUGACUGCUGCAGUUGGACAAGAACUUGAAGAGGACAGUUCAAAGGGCAGCAAAACAAAUGCUGAAUUUACAAAGAGGGUUGAAGAGACAGGUGACUGUGCUACAUCUGCAUCAGAGAGGCAUUCAACAGGUAAACUAGUCUCUGCUGUAGAAAGCUCGAAAUGUGCUGCCAAAAUUGAACCUGUUGAGAGUGCAUCGGGUGAGGAAGCAUUCUCCAUGAACACUGUAAAAAAUCUGGUUUAUGAAGACAUACAACCAGCCACAAAACCCCCAAACCCAGAACAUGUGGAAGUAAGCUUUCCAGCAUGUUCUGAAAACCCAAUGUAUGAAGAUAUAAGUGAGGAUGAAAGUCAACAGAUGGAGGAUAUCGCUGGUGAGACGUUGUCACAUACACAAGCACCUGAACACAACAUUAAGCAGUCACUAUUUGAAAAUGACAGUUAUUAUUGUGCUACAUCUGCAUCAGAGAAAAAUUCAUCAGGUACACUAGCCUUUGCUGUAGAAAACUCAAAACAUGCUGCUACUAUUAACCCUGUUGAGAGUGCAUCAGUAGAUUUUAAUUUGUCAGUAAAAAAGCACUUGGAUGUAAUUAUGCCUGCAAAUGGCAAUUGCAAACUUGUUUAUUCAGAUGACUGCGACGAUAAAGCACUUGUUGAUAGCAAUGAUAAAAGUUUCUAUAGUAAAUGGUGUUAUAAGUACUUAAAGAAUGGCAUGGCCACUCUUCAGUAUUCAUUAACUGCACUGAAGGAGCUCAUUGCUAGUCUGGAGAGUGUAGAGACCAUUGCAGAGAUGGAGAAUUUUUCUGAAGUUAUACUGCAACAAUUUUGGAAUGGAAAUAUAGAUAACAUUCAUCUUUUUACAUCCACAGAAUAUCAACAAAUAAUGAGGGAAGUUGCUUUCACCUGCACAAAGAAUGAAGAUGAGAGUCGAGUGGUUCUCACAUCCAUGCCUGGAAUGACCCAGGAUGAUCUGACUGAGAAGCAAACCAGUUUAACGCUCAACUGCAGCAUGUCACAAGAACAAAACAAUUCUCUUUGGUCAAAUUCCAAAGAUUUGGACACAAAAGUUGAAGUGCCUGAUGACAGAGAACGAUACAUGCCAGAGCGGCAGAGUGGAGCCCUAAAAUUAGUGGAGGCAGAAGGGUUGGACAGUGUGCAAAGUAUAACUGACAUCUCAGAGGAUCUUCAAACCAAGUCAACUUCAGUCGCACCUAAAAACAAAACAUUCCAAUCCACAUCACUCAGUAAAAAUCUAAUCGCAAAUACAAAGAAAAAUAAAAGCAUUGAUGAUCAACAACAUUGUGGUGUUACCAGUAAAAAAGCAACUGCUCAUUCCAAGUUAAAUUCAUCACUUGAUAAAACUCAGAUUCAAAAUGUAGUAUCAAUUCCUAUGAACCACAGUGAAUGGCUGAGCACCCAAACAAGUUGUGAAGAUCUAGGAGAGGACACAGGGUGUGUGGAUUCACAAACUGAUUUAAGCAUGUCACUCUCUGAAGCCAAAAAACAUGCCCCUCCAUAUGAAAGCGAGGGUGAGGAAGCAUUCUCCACGGACACGGUUAAAAAUCCACUAUAUGAAGACAUAUCAGAUAAUGACAUGCCACAGCUGGACACAAAACUUCCAAACCUAGAGCACUGGGAAGUAAGCUCUCUAGCAUGUUCUGAAAACCCAAUAUAUGAAUAUAUAAGUGAGGACGAAAGUCAACAGAUUGAGUAUAUCUCUGGUGAGACAUCUUCACCUACACAAGCACCUGAACCCAACGUUAAGCAGUCACCAUUUGAAAAUGAAGCUUAUGGACUCGUGCAGGGUCAGGCUCUGAUGACGACGGAUAUCAUUUCAGAUGAGGAACUGAUUCCAAAGAAGCAGGUUUCACCAGAGAUAGAGGCACUUAUUGUAGCACAACAAUAUUCUAAUACUGAUCCUGGUUUUGAAGGUCGGUUAUGUCCAAAAUAUGACAGUGAGCAACAGGAAAACCACUCUAUUUCAUGUAGUCCUUACCCCAUUUUGAAAGAUGGAGAGGAGACUGAUGAUGAGAUGGAUGAUGACUGGUUAAUAAUUCCCAUAGUUGUGUCAGACCUUAACUUUGAAGCACAUGAGCAAGACCAGGAUAGCCCACAAGAAAAUGUGCUUGAUGUUUGGGAAACGGGGGAACAAGAACGGCAGUGUGACACAAGUCCAACACACUGGCCAUCUCCAAAUCCAGAAGCUUCUGCUUUUUCCCCUUUAGAGAUAUUUGACACACUUGCAACCUUACAACAAAAGACAGCUAUGAAAAUUAAGACCGUGGUUGAGUUGGCACUAAGGAGGAGCACACCUGAGCGUGAAAUGGACUCUGAGGGAGAACCACUUACACCCCAGAGCAGGAGAGAGUCUGUAGACAGCUGUGAAACUGAAGACAGCCUUGAUUACUCACCCGAAUUAGAGCGCAACUUUAUGACAGUGUCCAAGAAAUUGUUGGAGAGCUCAGCACCUCUGCCCUUAGAGACAGAUGUGGUUGUGUCUGCAAAAGAGGGUGUAAGCUCUGAGGUGACAAAUAUGCAAAAAGUUCAAACCAGCUGCUUUAACAAGUCUAGCAGUUUGCAAAGACUUGGGGAGCUGAUUAAAGUCAAAGCUGCAUCUAAGCGUGUUCAUCCCAAAACCAAUGGAAAAAAGAUUUCAAAAAAGGAUGAGAUAUUUAUCAGUGGUUCUGAUUCGGAGGAUGAAUGUGACCAAUAUUGCAAAAAGAAGGCAAAAAGGAAGAGAUUUUUCUCUUCAAGCUCAGACGACAGUGAAGAUGCUGGGAACAGUUGGUGUGAAACUGUUGAAAAAAAGUUUCAAAAUAACAGCCUGCCAUCUAGAGACUUACCAGCACAGCAGCAUCAAUGGAUCCGUGAUUCAUCGUUUGCAGGCCUGUCGCACAGUACAGAGGAGUGUGUGCAGAUGAUUGGCACCAAAGCUCCCUCUGAGCAUGUUCAACAUAACGGACAAAAUGUUUCAAAAGAAGAAAUUAUUACAAUCCAUGACACUGACUCAGAGGAUGACAGUUACCAAAGCUAUAAAAAGACAAGCAGGAAAAGUUAUUUCUCUUUGGGGUCAGAUAGUGAUGAUAACUCAUGUGUAGAAGAAACAAGAAAGACCUCUCGAACUGAGGACAGUGAGUGUGAAACUGCUGAAGAAGAAACCCAACUCUCUUUUGCAGACUCAGCACUGUUACAGCACCCGUCUAAACUUUAUGUUACACAGUAUGAAGAAGUGAUGCAAGAUGCAUGCUCUGAUGUGUCACACAGUGUGAAAAAGAGUGGACAGCUGAUUGAAGCUAAUGGUGAACGUGAGCAUGUUCAAAACACGACCAACAGACAAAGGACAUUAAAAAGAAGAGUAACUUUCUGUGAUUCUGACAAAGUGGUUAAAAAAAGCUGUUUUAGCCAAAAGAAAGCAAAUACACAAGAUCUGCUCUUGUCAGAAUCAGAGGACAUUGGUGAUGACUUAGUUUCUGCAAAAAACAGACCUUCAACUGAAACUGUGGGGCAUCUUUGUAGAACUGGUAAUGCCCAGCCUCACAAAAACAGACUGUCAUCCAAAGACUCACCAGAGAAGCAGUGCCAGUCUGCGGACAAGGAGUCCAACUCCACAUUGGAUCCUAAUCAUUUGAUUCCUCGCUUUCUUCUUGUGAAACCCUCCCAACCCGCUGAAAGAAUUCACAAGCAGGAUGAAAAAGGAACUCUGCCUCCAAAGAUCUCCACAGUAUUCAGCAAAAAGCCUGACAUCUGUGAAAAGAAUACACCACAUUUGUACAGAAAUAAACAAGGAAGAUUUGUGCCCAAACCACAACCUGAAAAUGAUAAACACCAUGCAAAGGAGAAUAACAUUCAGGCCAAAGUGCCAAAAUCUAGAACGGUUUCAAGACAGCUUCCCUUACCUAGCCAGGACAGCCCAUCCACCUCCCUCAGGAGCUUGCCUUCCACAAGUGGACAACUUUCUGAAGCCAGACAACGCUUAGCCUACUCAAGAAAUAUGUCUCUGCCUGGAGAAACCACAUCCUCCAGUAGUGCUACUUCAUCUAAGCAGAGCUCAUCUAUUCCUACACAGCAUUUGUCUUCACCUAAACUACACCGGUCUCACAGCACCUCCUCAACAUUAAAUCUUUGCACUAACACAAAAGGCCCAUCAUUUUCUGAAAAAUCAUUACGGGCAAGACUGGUGAAAGGGUGGAAGGAAGGUUAUACCCCAGUUCACUUCCGGACCAGGAGAAAUGGAAAAACUAGCCUGGGAAUGAAGGAGGACUUGAGAACUUUGAAUAAUUCAUUGAGGGAAGUUAGACCAGGACCAAGUCACCGUGACAAGAUACCCAAACAGAGGCACAACUCGCACAAGACCACACCCCUCCUGAUGAAGAGGAGCAGGACUGAGGCCAUACAGAGGACAAAUGACAUACAUCGGGACCCCACAGUAAAACUAAAAGGCUUUGUUGGUAAAAAUUACAAGUGGAAAAACGGUGACAAAGCCAAUGAAAGAAUUGAGCUGGACUGGGAAGACAAGUAGACCCCUCCGAGACCCAAGUCAGUGAGGGAAAAGGUGGCAGCUUCUACAAUUUGUUUCACUCCCAAACUGACAGGUGCUUGAUGAGUGAAAACAUCAGUUACUGUUGUUGUAAUUAAGUGGACCUCCUGAUUUUCCAAAGCAUUUUCUGUAUUUUAACAGUUUGUAUAUAUAUAUAUAUGUACACUGUAUGUGUAUCACUAUCAGAUGCCUGUUGGAAUGGCAUUGUUUCUGAAUGUUUAGGUGUCAACAAAAAAUCGUUCUUUUUACCAGCUACCUCAAAAUGUAUGAAUAUUCUGCAUUAAGUUGUUCAGUGUUUUUGCUUUGAAAACAGUUUAUAUUUGAAAAUUUUCACCUUUUUCAGACGUUUCGAUCCUUUUUUUUUUUUUUUUAAUACAUCAUAUGUUCGGAUUUGUUUUUUAACUUUUUUUACUGUGAAAACUCGGCUCUGAUUGCAGUAUUUCUGUGUUGCAUCUCUUUUGAAAGAAAGUUUAUGUGAAAAUGCAUAAAAGGCCUUAAACAAA